AUGGCCGCUCAAGCAGUUCGUGAAAGGAAACAAGAACAAACGACUUCACUGCAAGGAAUCCUGCAAGAAGAAGAGCUCGAAGUAGCUUACAUUCCGGUCGAAAAGCUUGAGACUUGCGGCUUUGUUGCCCGUGACAUUACGUUGUUGAAAGCGGCUGGAUAUCAUACCGGAAUCUCGGAUCAGAAAGCCGAACGCCUUCAGGCCGAAGCGCAUAAAUUUGUUCCAAUGGGCUUCACUACCGCUAGCGAUGUUCAUGUGAAGCGAAGCAAUCUUGUGCAAAUUAGAACCGGUAGUGCAAAUCUGGAUCGUAUAUUGGGUGGUGGAGUUGAGACGGGAUCAAUUACAGAAUUCUUUGGUGAAUAUCGAACAGGAAAGACGCAGCUUUGUCAUAUGUUGGCUGUCACUUGCCAAAUGCCCGUGGAAAUGGGUGGAGCUGAAGGCAAGUGCAUGUACAUUGACACGGAGAACACGUUUCGACCUGAACGAUUAGUGGCCAUCGCUCAGAAGCUUGGUCUUGAUGGUGCUAGUGUGCUUGAAAAUGUUGCCGUUGCUAGGUGCUAUAAUUCGGAGCACUUAAUGAGUCUUCUUGAACAAGCUGGAGCAAUGAUGGCUGAAAGUCGAUAUGCCCUGAUUGUUGUCGAUUGUGCUAUUGCUCCAUUCAGAAACGAUUACACUGGUCGCGGAGAGUUAGCCUCAAGACAACAAGCUAUUGCCAAAUUGAUGAGAUGCUUAGCUCGUUUGGCUGACAUUUUUGGAGUUGCUGUGAUAAUAACCAAUCAGGUGACAGCACAAGUUGAUGGUGGAGGGGGGAAUGUACCAGUC